UCAUUGACAGGCAGCAGCAGGCAGGUCUCUGCGCGGUCGGGCUCCGCCUGUUGGACCGUUAGUUGCGCUGUUCCGCCUGUUGGACCGUUAUCAGCGCUGGGCUGCGACACGACGCUGCUCUGGACUGUGCCGGACGGUGAAGCUGCGAUCGCGGGGUCACCAUGAAGGCGGCUGUGGACGUGACACCCGCCUUGACGCUCAUCAAGUGCGAGAAAGUGGACGAUCUGGAGUGUGCAGACGUCCCCCUGCUGACGCCCAGCAGCAAGGAGAUGAUGUCACAGGCCCUGCGGGCCACCUUCAGCGGCUUCGCCAAGGAGCAACAGCGGCUCGGCAUCCCCAGAGAUCCCCUUCAGUGGUCAGAAAGCCACGUGGCCUCCUGGCUGCUCUGGACCGUGAAUGAGUUCAGCCUGAGAAAUGUCGACUUCCGGCAGUUCUGCAUGGAUGGUGCCACCCUGUGUGCACUGGGCAAGGAGCGCUUCCUGGACCUGGCGCCAGACUUCGUCGGUGAAAUCCUCUGGGAACACCUGGAGAUGCUACAGAGAGAUGCAAAGCACUUCCCGGUCAAUGAUUUGAUGUCCACUGUGCAGGAAACAUACUACACCACAGAUUACUUUGUCAACUAUGGAAUUGAGCAUGCCCAGUGCGUGCCACCCUCGGAGUACUGUGAACCGGGCCUCAUCACAGAGUCCUACCAGAUGCUGAAUCCCAUCAGCUCGGAGGACCUGCUGUCGCUCAAGUAUGAAAAUGGACACAACGGUGUUCUCGAUCCCCUUCCUGGGGAAUACCUGCCUAUCAAACAGGAAGUCAUCUCCCUUGACAACAUGUGCGUUGGACGCAUUAGCCGAGGAAAGCUGGGUGGCCAGGACUCCCUGGAGAGUGUGGAGAGCACAGACAGCGCAGAGCGAGUGCCUAACAGCUGGAACGCCCGAUCCCCCUACAGCGGCCUGCAACGGGUGCCCUCAUACGACAGCUUCGAUUCAGAGGAUGGUCCCCCACCUCCAUCGGCACCCCGGGCCAAGGGCACCUUCAAGGACUACGUGAGGGAGCGCACCGACCUGAGCCCUGACAAGCCGGUCAUCCCGGCUGCCGUGCUCGCCGGAUACACAGGAAGCGGUCCCAUCCAACUGUGGCAGUUCCUUCUGGAGCUCCUUACGGACAAAUCGUGCCAGGCGUUCAUCAGCUGGACGGGCGAUGGCUGGGAGUUCAAGCUGUCCGACCCAGACGAGGUUGCACGGCGAUGGGGUAAGCGCAAGAACAAGCCCAAGAUGAACUAUGAGAAGCUUAGCCGAGGCUUACGCUACUACUAUGACAAAAACAUCAUCCACAAGACGUCUGGCAAGCGCUACGUGUACCGCUUUGUGUGUGACCUGAAAAGCCUGCUGGGAUAUGCCCCUGAGGAGCUACAUGCCAUGCUGGACGUGCAACCAGACGGCGAUGAUUAACAACCCCUCGAGUGGGACAGGGCCUCUGAUUUGUUUGCACCCGGGCUGAAUCAGGCUGUGUCUUUACUUGUAGCUGGGACUCCUUCCUUCCCCAGGAGUGGUCAUCGGAGGAAUGUCCAAAGAGACGCAGAGGACCGCAUCUCCAAUGUGCUCCUGAUCUCAGACACAUCAAUGUGAACAUGGACACUUUGACAAGGUCAUCCGGAAAGCUCUCCGUAUUCAAAAUAUUUUCUUAAGUGCCAAACCUUUUUUUGCAAACUUAGCAUCGGAAAAUUAACAGAGCGAUGGAAAGCAGCAAAGUCGUGGACUUUGGGGCAGGACGUGGACAUUGAUGGACAAUGAUGGACCAUUCAAACUGACUGUGAAAUCAAAACAAACUAUACAAAAUACAAGUCCUCUUUGUCUGUAUGUCCAGCAUUACUGUUGGUGGAAAAACCCAGGGCACUGAGUAUUCAGCUGAGACCAAUUUUUUUUAAUUUCAUCAUUGUCUUAUUGCCAAUAUUACAUUUUUCAUCUGUUGAAAUGAAUAUCUUUGUUGUACUGCUGUGGUGAAAUAUUUCAGUCACUAAUUUUUUCUCCAAAGAGGGCAGAAAUCCAACCAUAGAGCAUUUGGGUUGCUUAGAAGGACUUUUCCAGGGGGAAUUUAGAGCAAAAAAAAAAAAACAUUUCUCUGACAACACUGGCUACAGUGGGGGGUGUUUUGUAGAUGUUCAGUAGAAGAAAAAACAAAACUAAACUACUCAAACCCAGAGUAGUGCAUUUGCGCAACUGAAAGUGACAGUUGUAUUUGCUUUCCCCUUCACAACCGCACUGUUUGGCUACACACAAUAGAGUGACAGACCGACCGUUAAAGUACCCUCAGACUUUUCAGGGAGGUACACCACUUGUGCCUUAACCAAUUCCUUGAGAAACCAUCUCUGUUCCACGAAUGUACUUUUCAGAAAAUGCCAUAGGAUCAACGUCCCUGUCUGUAGCAGUAGGUCAAAUGUAGUCACGCAUUGCACUGCAGGAGAUGAGUAAAACGUUCUAAAUCAUUGAAUACAACGUCAUUUUGAGCCAUACUCUUAGGAUAUUGUUGUAGACCUCAGUUUGGAUCAUGCUGGUUGAAGGUACUCUGGUACAGCUGAAACUGCUGGCUAAAGAAGAGUUUAGGAAAGGAUGGCCUGUGUGUGUUCACUCUGUAUUCAGGUGUAGGGCUUUUUGAUGAAGAAAGACCAAGAGGGUCUAAAGAAAGCAGCCAUGAAAAAACUGGGGGACUAGGCAAGAUAUGAAGGAGCUACUUGGUUUCAGUUUGUCUUGAUGGGUAUAGACCUGAGUUAUAAAUCCAUAUGGACUUCAGACAGAAGAUCAUGCAGACUUGAGUUAUAAGGCUAUGUAGUCUUGAGCUCUAAGGUCACGUAGACUUGUGGUUUAAGGAUAUGUAAUCAUCAAUUAUAAGAUCAGUGGACUUUGUCGCAAGUCCAUUAGUGGCCAAUGGAAAGGAAAUUGACUUGCUACAUGCACUAUAUACAUUGGAGGGGCUGUUCUUGUAUCUUUGAGAAAGGUCUUUGGCCUCAGUUGCUUUAAUAUCUAAAGAAUGGUGUAAGAAUGGUGUGUUUGCUGUAUUUGCUUUUAUUGCUAUUAUUAAAUAAUAUUCUAUUCUAAUACGAUUACUUAGUGGAAUAGUGAUAAUAGGAUGAACAAUGUUCAUUCAGACUUUGAGAAACAUAGUGAAAGGUCACUGAAAAGUUGACAUCAAUGCAUGUGAAGUCAUACAUGGGAGUGCUGUUGGGUCUGAGUUUGGAAACCACACAAUUUUGCAUUAAGAGGGAACCUUCAGAAUACUUGCAGUCUUGUUGGUUACUUGGAAUUUGGUUUCUAGACAGUUCUGGACAAUUCCCUAUGCACACUGUGUUUUUAAGAGACUGUAAAAAUGUUUCUUCAGACAAAGACCUGUUUGUCCACCCAGCCCAGCUUUUCAAGUUGACUCCAGUUCUCUGGACAAUGAGCUAGCAUUGGGAUUUUUCCACAAAGUACCACUUCUUCUCAAGUUCUACAUUUGGGUUGUUCUCAAUUGUCAAGCAAAUAGCAAAGCUAAAAAUUCAGGUCAAAAUGCUGUCACUUCUGUUUUGAAUUUCCUGUUUUCUUCCAAAAUGUGUUUUAUUCAUGUAUUUGAGAUAUACUUGUGAGGAUGCAGUGUUAGAGAUUAGACAAGUUUUGUGUAAUACGGUUUCAAAAGUGAAUUUUAGAGCCAACAUCCAGUGACUUUCUGUUUUCACCAAAAGUGGCAAAGACUGUUCAUUUUGUUUCAUAAGAAGUAUUACUUUAUGGCUCCCUGUAGUGAAGUUUCAGUAGCAUUUCGAGCCAUAUGGGUUUUGCACCAGCUUCCGAAGAGUAGACACUUAGAUAAGUAUAUCUUUGGACCAGUAGCAGCUUUGGAACAAUAUAGCGUGUAACAAGGAGCGCUUUGGACAAUCCUUCUGACGAGUGGUAUCAAAAUAAGCAUUUCUAAUGAACAGCAGCUGAAGCACACAAUGGAAGCACACCACAGAGUAUUCCUCGAGGAAAAUCGUUUCCAUUAUGUUACUUACUGCACUCUCUUCCUGGUUUUCUACUCUGUAUGCAUUUUUAAUGUUUUUUUUUAUAUAUGAAUAAUUUAUAUUUUGUAAACUUUGAAACAGGACAUGCAGAUACACACCUGGAAUUUUAUUGGUCAAUCUGAAUAAUUAGUAAAUAUAUAUAUAAAGUAUAAAAAAGGAAAUGAUUUAUACAAAGGCUGAUGCUGGCCCAUCAUAGAUUUUUACA